AAUAUGGGUGUCUAGAGACUUUCUUUUUUUGUUGCGGGAAAGGUGUGGAAUGGGAUUGCACUAAAUUAUAUGAGUGGUGGAAUCCGCUUCUCCGACCAUGUCGAGCGAAAAGUUUGAGUUUGCUCAGGAUGAGUUGGAGACUCAGCUAGAGAACCUGAGCUCAGGAAUCCGGAGCCUUGGAACUAGUCAGGGAGAAGCAAAGAAAAGAAAUAUACAGGUAUGUGAAAAAUGUUUGGAAGACGGAGAAAAAUUAAUGGAUGAAAUGGAUUUGGAGGCGCGCAGUGCUCCACUGCAAUUCAGAGCAGAGAUGAUUGCCUCCGUUCGAUCCUUUAGGUCAAGGUUUGCACUGCUCAAAUCCUCAUACAGAUCAGUCUCCAGGAGUACUUACGGGUCCGGAGAAACGUCAGAACAGGGUCGUGUUGUCGGAGACGGGUUGAGAGAGAAAGUGAUCAACGGAGUCAGAACCUUGGAAAGAACUAGCGAAAGUAUCAAGAGGUCUCAACAAGUAGCUAUUGAGACGGAGCAAAUAGGAGAAGGAAUAAUUGAUGAUCUGGGAACACAACGAGAAUCCUUGGAGAGAACCCGAACUAGACUGGUUGAGACGGAUAUUGAGCUGGGACGGAGUAAAAAAAUUCUCCGAAAGAUGUAUCUGAACGUGAUCUCCAACAAGAUUAUUCUUACAUGUAUAAUUCUCAUAGAAAUAGGAAUUCUCAUUGGUUUAAUUUAUUGGAAAUUUUUCUCUAAAAAAUGAUGCAUUGAGCAAAUUAGUUCUCAAAAUAAUUUAUAGAUUAUGAAAUAUUUAUAUUUAAUUAUUAUGAUUAUAUAAAGCUGUAUAUUUGUCAAUAAAACGUAGUUUCAGAA